AUGGCACCACCUGCUGCCACAACUCCCUUUCCAGACAGUGAAUCCGCAAACAUCAAAGCAUUGAAGAACAGCAUCGGAUUGAAUGGCGCUGUGAAAAGCAAUGGCAAUGUCAAAGCAAAGACACUCGAGGAAAUGGAAAGCAAAUGGGACACCUUCGCUUUCGAGCCAAUCCGCGAGUCCCAGGUCUCCCGUGCCAUGACCCGACGUUACUUCGAAGACUUGGACAAGUAUGCAGAGAGCGAUAUCGUCAUCGUGGGCGCGGGAUCUUGCGGUUUGAGCGCUGCAUACAUGCUGGGGAAGUCCCGGCCUGAUCUGAAGAUUGCCAUCAUUGAGGCCAAUGUCUCACCAGGUGGCGGCGCCUGGCUAGGCGGCCAGCUCUUUUCUGCGAUGAUCCUCCGCAAGCCGGCAGACGCCUUCCUCUCCGAGCUCGGUGUCCCUUACGCCGACGAAGGUCAUUAUGUGGUGGUCAAGCACGCGGCUCUCUUCACCUCGACCCUCCUCUCGAAAGUCCUCGCCUUCCCGAAUAUCAAGCUCUUCAAUGCCACCAGUGUCGAGGACCUCAUCACUCGCCCAGACCCUAAUGGCGGCGUGCGCAUUGCAGGCGCUGUCACCAACUGGACGCUCGUAACACAACAUCAUGAUGAUCAGUCUUGCAUGGAUCCCAACACCAUCAAUGCACCCGUUGUGGUCAGCACGACCGGUCACGAUGGCCCAAGCGGCGCAUUCUCCGUCAAGAGAUUGGUACAGAUGGGUGCGGUGAAAGAGCUGGGAGGUAUGAGGGGAUUGGAUAUGAACACCGCAGAGGACGCGAUUGUCAAGAAGACGAGGGAAGUGGUUCCUGGCUUGAUCGUCGGUGGUAUGGAAUUGAGUGAGAUCGAUGGCGCAAACCGCAUGGGCCCGACAUUUGGAGCCAUGGUACUUAGUGGUGUCAAGGCUGCGGAAGAGGCUGUCAAGAUGUUUGAGAUGAGGAAAGGAGAGCGUGAAGAUUAA